ACCAGCUAUGCCACCUGCAGGAUCAACUAGUUCAAAAGAAAAGAGUGUCACUCCAGAAACAGAUGAAGUAGCUAUGUCACCAGCAAGCACUGACAGAACAACAGGCACUAAUGGUCUUUCUUGGAAGGAUUUUGACUUAGCAAGCAAACUGCAUGAUCUGCGAGAUGAAUUUCUUGAGGCGAUUAGAAUAACAAAAAAUUCCUUCAAAUCAAAUGAUCUUUCCAAAAUCAUUGACUACCUCAAUACACACGCAUUGUCAUUACUUGGUCCUAAAAAGGGACAGCAAACAACUGCUCAAGCAGUUAGAGAAGAGUUCAAAGAUAUUGGAACAAUAUCAAAAUUAUUUACUUUGUUACAAGACAAGUAUGUGUCAUGGUUCAACUAUAAACUUAUGAUAAAACUUGUUGGAGUAUUCCUACCUAAAAAUCGUUUGCUAAAAAGAACUUGGACGUCAUAUGAAGAAAAGUUAAAGGAUUAUUUUAUAAACAGUGGUGGACUAUUGAAAGAUGCUGAUGCUGUAGAGUUUGGUGUAAAAGGUGUUCCUCCUGGUACACGAGUAAUGAUUGCUAAAGUUGACAGAGAUGACUACACACUGGAUGACCUAUUCUUCUUUCGUAGAGCAAUACCAAAAGGUUUAGAUAUUCCUGAAUAUGAUCUUCACUUCAGAUCUGUCCACCUGAGUUCUCUCUGUUUGGGUUACCUCAUUCCUGAGUAUCUUUAUUCUUUAUUAUUUCCUCUAACUACAAAGCUACAGCAACAGUUAGCUAGUAUUGGUAUCACUGAACUAACAUGUGGUGAAAAUAAAUAUGAUCUAAGAGAGUUCUCAAUAGAAGAGGUUAAGCACUCAUCCACUGAUAUUGGUAAGUACAUGAACUGACCUUUAGUCAA